GGGUCCUCUUUCGUCUGUGCGCUGUGUUUUCGUUUGCUUCCUCGGCUUUCAUGUUGGAUGACCCGUUUUUGCUCUUUGCUUCAUCCUCUUGCUGAGAAACGAUCGCUUCCCCCUAGUCUAGACACGCUUUAAGAAGUAGUAGUAACAGAUAGUCUGUGAGUGCUGAAAUAAGACUGUUGCAAGUGAACAUAUGCACCAUGGAUUCUCCACCAGAUGAAGUGCUUGUAAGGAGCCCUGCUGUAGAGGAGCAGACUAAGGAGGAAACCAAGACAGAAAAAUCAGCUGAUCAACUGGACAAACAGGAAGAGGAUACAGUUGCUAAACUUGUUCCUGUUAACCUGUUAUUAGAAAUGAAGAGAUUACUAAAUGCUACUAAUACUCUACCAAAAGGUGUGGCCCCUCACAUUAAAAAGUUCUUACAAGAAGAUUUCUCCUUCCAAACUAUGCAGAGAGAAGUUACAACAAGCAGCCAGAAUGGGGAGGAAGCUGUUCCUGCUCUGACUUUAGGCUUCUUAAUAACACAAAUCGAAACAGCCCUUAGGAACAUUAAAGCAACUAAUUACACAGCACAUCAAAUUAAUAUUGGAUAUUAUUUAACAUUAUUAUUUUUGUAUGGAAUAGCACUCUCUGAAAGAGGGAAGAAAGAGGAUUUUACAGAAGCAGAGAACAAAUUUUUAGUGAUGAAGAUGGUGAUACAGGAGCAUGAAAUAUGUGAAAACUUUAUGUCUUUAGUUUAUUUUGGACGUGGUUGCCUUCGAUGUGCACAAAAGAGAUAUAAUGGAGGAUUGCUAGAAUUUCAUAAAAGUUUACACGAAAUAGGAGAUACAAAUGAUCAUUGGUUUGACAUUGACCUUACUGAAGAUGAGGAUUUAAAACCUUCAACUUUUAAAAAUCAUCUUAAUAAUCUUAUCAAGACAACUGAAAGUAACAUAAUGAAGCAGACCAUUUGCAGUUAUCUAGAUUGUGAGCGAUCUUGUGAAGCUGACAUUUUAAAGAAUACCAACUAUAAGGGUUUUUUUCAGUUAAUGUGCAGUAAAAGCUGCUGUGUUUAUUUUCAUAGAAGUUGUUGGAAAAAGUUCAAGCAUUUAAAAUAUCCAGGUGAAACUGAUCAGAGUUUUAGUGGCAAAAAAUGUUUGAAGGAAGGAUGCACAGGUGACAUGGUAAGGAUGCUACAAUGUGAAGUACCUGGAAUUGUUAAAAUUCUGUUUGAAGUUGUGAGGAAGGAUGAAUUCGUUACCAUUGAAAAUUUAGGAGCAAGUUAUAAAAAGUUGAAGUCUCUGAAAAUAACUGAUACUGAUAGAAGACCAAAGAUGAAUUUAAAACUUAAUGCAAAAGAUGAAAUGCCUAUCUUCAAACUUGAUUAUAAUUAUUUUUAUCAUCUGCUUCAUAUAAUUAUCAUUUGUGGUACUGAUACUGUUCGGCAAAUAUUUGAUGAGGCUAUACCACCCCCUCUUUUGAGAAGAGAGCUGCUUAUACACAAGAAUAUUCUGGAACCCUACUACAACCAUCUUUGGACCAAUCACCCUUUGGGUGGAGCAUGGCAUCUGCUUUAUCCCCCAAAUAAGGAGCUUCCAAAGUCCAAACAGUUUGACUUAUACCUCUUACUAGCUCUCAUAAAACAUCUUAAUAUAUUCCCUGCACCCACAAAAGGCUGGAAUAUGGAACCACCAUCUUCAGAUAUCUCUAAGUCUGCAGAUAUCUUGAGGCUGUGCAAAUACAGGGAUAUCCUCCUUAGUGAGAUUUUGAUGAAUGGUCUCACUGAGUCGCAAUUCAAUUCAAUUUGGGAAAAGGUUUCAGAUAUUCUCCUGCGCCUUGGGAUGAAACAAGAGGAUAUUGAUAAAGUUAAGGAGAAUCCCAUUGACAAUAUCUCCCUUGAUUACCAUCAACUGUCCAUCUACCUGGGCAUACCAGUACCUGAAAUCAUCCAGAGGAUGUUAUCCUGCUAUCAACAAGGAAUUGCUCUACAGUCAAUAACAGGCAAUCAAUGUAUUGAUGUAGAAGAAUUACAGAAUGAGGAAGAAGAUCUAAGCCCACCUGUAAUGGAAUACAAUAUAAAUGUGAAAUCAAGCACUGAUAUACAAUUAGAAGAAAUGAACAGAGAUGGGGCAUCAAUACUCAGUGAAUCAUCAACAGAAUCUAUUAAAGAUCUCCAGGAAGUUAAACGUAAACCAAAGAAAAAGAAAAAGACUAAGAAUAAAAAGAAUAAGGAAUCAACGGAAGAACAAGUCCCAAAUACGGUAGUAAAGGAUGAGCGGCUGAAGGAGGAGCAAGCAAAUCCACAUCCAGGCAGUGGUCUUAUGAAUGAUGAUGCAAGUGAUAAUCAAGAAGAUUCCGCAGCUGAAGAAAAAUCCUACAGCCUGGAUGAAUUACAUAUUCUGGAUAUGAUAGAGCAGGGUUCAACCUGCAAGGUGACUUCAGAAUAUGAAGAAACUGAGAAGGAAAAGCUUGCUCGACAACGGCAGCUUUACAAAUUGCACAAUCAGUGUGAAGAUUUCAAAAGGCAAUUGAAAACAAUGACUUUUCGGUGGCAAGAAAACCAAAUGCAGAUUAAAAAGAAAGACAAAAUCAUUGCAUCUCUUAACCAGCAAGUCGCUUUUGGAAUCAGUAAGGUUUCCAAAUUACAGCAUCAGAACCAUGCUAAAGAUAAUGAAAUCAGAAACCUUAAAGAGCAGUUUUCCAUGAAAAGAUCUCAGUGGGAAAUGGAGAAGCAUAAUCUGGAAAGUACAGUUAAAACAUACUUAAACAAACUGAAUGGAGAAACUAGCAGAGCUAUAACAGCUGAGGUAUAUUUCUUACAGUGUCGUAGAGAUUUUGGUUUGCUUCAGCUAGAGCAAACUGAAAAAGAAUGCCUCAGUCAGCUUACCAGAGUGACUCAUAUGGCAGCAAGUAACUUAGAGUCACUUCAGUUAAAGGCCGCAGUGGACAGUUGGAAUGCCAUUGUGGCAGAUGUUAGAAACAAGAUUGCAUUCCUCAGGACACAGUACAAUGAACAAAUUAACAAGGUGAAACAAGGAUUUGCCUUAAGUACCUUGCCUCCCAUUCAGCUACCUCCUCCACCACCCAGUCCUGACAUACUGAUGCAGCAGUUCUUGGGACGACCACUUAUGAAAGAAUCCUUCUUUAGACCCAUAAUCACUGUUCCUCAAAUGCCAGCUGUUUGCCCUGGAGUCAUCUCAGCACCUGGGCAACCUCGAGCCCCACUGAUGACUAGUGUGGCCUGGGCGGUGCCUGCACCUGUGAGAGAGGCUGUGCUUCCUGGUGCAGUUAUGGGAAGUGAUCCCACCUUCAUGAAUUGGGAGAGUAUUACAGACAGACUGAAAACUGUCUUUCCACAACAGACCAGAAAGGAGCUUUCAGAUUUCUUAUGGAAAUUGAAGGAUACCCAUGGGAAGUCCUUAUCUGGAUUAACAUUUGAUGAAAUUGUUUAUAAGAUUUCCCAAUUUAUUGACCCCAAGAGAUCGCAGAGUCAGGGAAAAUCAGUGCCAAAUAGCAAUUGUGUUUCACCCAGCCAGACUCCACCACAGGCUAGUGCUACCCAGCCCUCAAAAACAGCCUGGAAGUCCCUCAGUUCACAAGACUCUGCUACAUGGGAAAAAGCCAAUACUCUGAAUGAAGAAGAAGAGGAAGAGGAACCUUGCGUGAUAUGUCAUGAAAAUCUUUCUCCAGAAAAACUCUCAGUUUUGCCUUGUGCUCAUAAAUUCCACUCUCAGAUUAUAAAUGAGAACAAUAUAGAAUAAAGUAGAGAAAAAUAUAGUAGAUUUUCUCAACUUCCUUGUUGAAAGGAACUGCUAGCCAUCCUGAAAGUUGGGGCUGAGGAAAAGAUCCUAAUACAGUAAACUGGCUGAAAGGUAUUCUGCCAUUACCAGCAAUCCCUCAGCAAACCACAAAGAUGGUACCAUGAUCUCAUCGGUUGGCUUGGCAAUCUACUUUACCAUCCACCAGAAGAGUACUGACUGGUGACACUGAGAAACAGAUUAUCAGCUCCCUCUUCUAGGCUAAAUCUGAGAGGAUGACAUGAAUCUUUUUAUUCCUUAGUGCAUUAGACCGUGGUUGAUGCAGCAGGGGACAUGCCCAACUUGCAGGCUUCAUGUUUCACUACCAGAAGUAUUUCCUGGCCACCCCAGUCAGCACUUGCCUAAGAUUUGAUUCAAGGGGGUGACUAUUCCUAAGGAAAUUCAGUUUUCAGACUCUAGAAUUUAGUUUUGCCUUUUGCUGUGAUCUGAUAGUGUGAGUGGUAUGAAAUUAUAUGUUCCUCAUCAAUACUACACAAACGAAGCUAACUCAUCUCAUCAAAGCUGUGGCCAAAGAGGAAAGAGGACAGGACAAAUCUUCAGGAUUUGUAAUUCAACUAAAGGAUUUAAAAUUGGAUUUAAUAAAUUGCAUUUUAUUUGCUUUUAGUAGGUUUUUUUUUUGCAAUAUGAUAAUACCCAUCUGAGAAUGUUUUGUAGUUACUUGUUCUUUACUUUCAUUAUAUAUAUUAAAUUUUAAUUUCCUAACAGAAAUUAAAGCAAAAUAAAAAGUAUAAUAAUGAUCAAGUAGGAAAAUUUCAGCUUUAAGUGGUUCUUAUUUUAAUCCUUCUUACCAAAAAUUGAAUUGAGCUAUUCAAAUUUUAUCUACAAUUUUAUAUGUUCUAAAAUAUAUACCUAUCAAGAUAUGAGGUACCUGAAGGUGGGGUCCACAUAUUAGAGCUGACUUAAAAUGUUUUCUUAGAAGUGAUUAUUAAAGGUUUAGUAGUUUUGUGAGCCAGUUACCAAAUUAUUGGUAGGCUGAUCUACCAUACUGGGGAUAUUUAUACCAUAGAAGUUGUUAAGUAAGGGACUCUUUUUUCCUCUCAAGAACUUUGUUAUACAUUCACCAGCACACUACUGGGGCCAUGUCUGAGCCUUCUUUGGGUUCCCAGCUUGCACAGUAGAUGCAAUGUCAACAUUCCCAAAAUCAGGAGAUAGUUAAAAAGGCGUUGUCAUGCAAAUUAAGUAACUUGUUUGAGUAGUUGAGACCUUAUUUUAAUUUGUAAGCAUGUUUUUGAACAUUAAUCAUUUUACUUUGGGAGGACAUUUUUCCUGCCUCAAAAUUUUCUACUUUUAUUUUUUCUUACUUGGGGAGUAUAGGAAACAGUGUGUAGUUGCUUCUUAUGGCCAAGUUGGUAUCCACUGGCCUAUGUUGCAUAUCUAAAAUUUUUCAGUGACAAUUUUAAUUCUUAGAGGUCAAAACCCUAUUUUGAAAAUAAUGCUGUGUAAAUGCUGUGUUGUUACAUACUUCUAUUUAUAAAAUUAAUUCAGUUAUCUUGUAUAAUACAUGUUACUUGGUUCAUUCUUUUCUAUACAUUAAUGAAAUUGAAUAAAUGUUUCUUGGCUCAACAAAUAUGUUAUUUGUAAAUUUCAGUGUAAAUGUAUCUUGAAUUUACUUUAAGCCUCUAUUUAAAGCUGCCAUUUAAAUAAUUGUGUGCUAAAUGUUUUCUGUAAUGAAAAUAGACUGGAAGAUGUCAAAAAAUGAAGGCAGUCAUCUAGACAUGUGAAAUGACAAGUUUAUCUAGUUAUCUUGUCUAGUACCUCACCAUAAUGGUUAUAUGGCAUAUUAUCUUCUGAGAUAAAUGUUUCUAAGGUUUUGUUUACAACUGUAAUUUACUUUCAUGUGAGAAAAAUAAAUCUUUCUUAAUUGAA